UAUCACAUGCCAUUUCUUCAUUUCCCUAGGAAUAUAUUGAUGCUCAUCCUGAAACUAUAAUUCUGGAUCCUCUUCCUGCUAUCAGGACAUUACUGGACCGAUCAAAGUCUUACGAACUUAUCAGACAGAUAGAACUGUAUAUGAAAGAUGACAGAAUCUGUUCUCCGCCAUUUAUGGAAUUAACAAAUGCAUGUGGAGAAGACACCUUGAAGCAAAUAGAAAAAAAUGGAAUUGCAUUCCCAUUCAUUUGUAAGACAAGAGUCGCCCAUGGGACCAACUCUCAUGAGAUGGCUAUCAUAUUCAACCGGGACGGCCUGAAAGCCAUCCAACCUCCAUGUGUGAUUCAAAGUUUCAUCAACCACAAUGCUGUCCUGUACAAAGUCUUUGUGGUUGGGGAGUCAUAUACGGUGGUGAAGAGGCCCUCCGUGAAGAACUUCUCAGCAGGCACUUCUGAUAGAGAGUCAAUAUUUUUCAACAGCCACAAUGUAUCAAAACCAGAAUCCUCUUCCAUCUUAACAGCACUUGAUAAAAUAGAAGGGGUGUUUGAAAGACCAAAUGACGACGUUAUCCGAUCAAUCUCGAAGACACUAAGGCAGACUUUGGGAAUUUCUCUCUUUGGCAUUGACAUUAUAAUUAAUAAUCAGACUGGUCAGCAUGCAGUCAUUGAUAUCAAUGCAUUUCCAGGAUAUGAAGGUGUCUCAGAGUUUUUCACUGACCUCCUCAACCACAUAGCCACCACUCUGCAGGAGCAAACUCCAGAGUUGUCCCAGCUGAACCGUAACAAAUUCCUGGCAGAGCAGAGCAGCAGCCUCGUGGGGGAGCGGACAUGCUGUGCUAACACUGGCUGCCGGAGCAUGGCAAGCCAAGACCCCUGGAUUGUGGAGAACGAGACCAACAGCUCAGUCAAGCUGCAGCACCAGAGGCUGGGCUGUAACUCAUCCAUGUCACCAAGCUUUCAGCAGCAUUGCGUGGCCACGUUGGCCACAAAAGCUUCUUCUCAGUGAUCCCUAUCUCUGCCACAGACUGAAAAAGAAAGCAGUCAGCCCCUGGGCUGUGAAUUCAGUGUAAUUUUUUGAAAGAAAGUGAAAUUAGUGAUAUGGGUCCACUUUAACAGAUUCCUCUUAUAGUUCUAUAGUGAGUUUAUCCAUCCAUGUAUGGGUGCCUGUUGUGUGCAUGUAUCUUAAACACUAUAUCUUAAUGUGGGAGGAUGGAUUUGUGUUUUUUUCCCCAUGCCUUUUUCUUUUCUUUGUAAUCAUCGACCAGAGUUGGGUGAUGAAUCGUCCUGGAUUGAUAAGAAUUUGUGUUGAAAAUUUGCACACUUGGAUUUAACCCUCUUCCAUAUUUUUUCCAGCCCAUUCCAAAGAGUAAAACAUGCAUUGAUCGGACACCUAAAUCCAGAGGAAACUUGCAUACCCAGGAUCAGCAUUUUGCUUCUUUGUGGAAAAUUUUGAAGUUAGAAAGUUCUUCAGAUAGUUUCCCAUUUCCCUAAAGAAGAAGAAUGCCUGGGUAUUUGCUUGCUAUUGUGAAAAACUAUAGGUUGAUGCCCUUAAUCUCAUUUGGGGGCAGAGGACUUCCUAAUUGUUGGAGGAUUACCACAUCUAGCAUAAGAACAAGCUAGGGAGUUUGGCUUUUUCUGCUGCUUUACUGAUCCUGAGACUAAAGGACAUCUCUUUCACAUAUUUAUUAACUGAUAGGGUGGGUUAUUUUUAGCUUUGUGUGAUGCACAGAUCCAUUCACUGUGAUUUAUAAAUCAGGUUUCUUGGUUAGGGUGGGCUUGUGCAUCAUAUUAAACAAGAAAUUCAAAUUGUGGAUUAGCAUAACAUGUGAUUUAGGGGCCUGUUUGUAAGCACUACUAUGCACAAGACUUUUUCCUUAGUGGUGGGUAGAAAUUUGUUGAAGUAAAUCAGCAGCAAUUUGUCUCCCUUUCUGGUCUAUCAUUUGUGGGAUUGAACAUUUGAGAUACAGUAUAAGGGUAAUAUUUAUCUAACCUGUAAUUCAGUCUGGUUAUAUUUUAAGAACAAGUAACAAAACAACAGUGAUUUUAACUCUGUUUCUUUCAACACAACAUCAUCUUUGUGCAGCUUUGAACUGGUCAUGAAUUUGAAAAGGUACUGAAUGAGUUUUGGGACUCUUAAUUUGAGAGAAUUUUUAAAUUGUCUCAAGAAACAUUGUUAAAGUAUUUUACACAUUUAGAUAUAUUUGGAAAAAUUGAUCAUCAUGAAUUAGAGAUCUAUGGACUAAUUCACACUCAGGUAGUAGUGUGAAUGUAUAUGACAUACAUGCUACAAGUUGUACACAUGAAUCCCAAUUUUUAAAAGGAUAAUAUAUUGCUAAUAUUUGUGUUUUUGUUGGAUUAAAGAAAGUUUUGAAUUCUCUCAGUUCCUAUAAAGAUGACCCAUUUCUUAAUAUGUAUGAACUGAUAUUAAUAUAUUUUCCUCCGCUGAUGGCAGCUUUUUAUUUGUUUCUUUGUUUUUAGAGUAAGGGAAAAAAUGGAAAUAUCUGAUGAAAUAUGAAAGGGAGUUUAAAAAGGGAGGACCAGAAAUGAUUCCAAAUUAUGGUGUAAGUGCAGGAAACUGUUCAAGAAUUAAUAGGAAGGAGAAUUGCUAUGUUCCUUUGUGGUAUUGUUUCUAAAGUUAUUCAUAAUUCUGCAAUAGGUAUAGCUGAAGAGAAGACAAUAUUUGUAGAACGGUUUCUUAUAUGAGACCAUACAGUCAUUUUGUUUAUUUCUAAUUCAAAUUUGAGUCAUAUGAUUAUCCUGAAUUAUUGUCUAUCUCAAUAACAGUUGCUGCAAUUUCCCAAUAAAUUAUUGAUAUUUGUCCAUGCAUAUUUUAAAUGCCUUUGAUGGGAGUGAAAAAUAGGUCAGACAUAUUUUCAUAAAACUUAUUUUCAAAAUAGCAACACUAUUAAAAGUUAUUGAUAUUUUUAAAAAAUGAUUGGAUUUUAACAUUACACACACUCACACAAUUCAAGCUAAAAUUGAAAGGCACCUUUGAACAUACCUGAGUCUGUCCCUCCCCUGUAACUUUAAUUAAGGCAAGAGUAUUUCAUUGCUGGACUGAACAUUACCACACUCCUUGACUGCUGCGUGCAUGGAUCAAGAAACUUAACAAUUUGCAACAGGAUUCAAACCAUUUUAUUCUUUUAUACAGCUUGUGGGAGAGCCAAGGGAAGAGGCAUAAUAGGUUAGUUUUUCUGGCAUGUCUUCAGGGAACAUUAUUAUCUAAUUCAGAGGGUUAUUAUGAUUAUUUUUAAUUUUAAGGAAAAAAAUACCACAUCAUCAUUUAUACAAUAAAUUUCAGUUCUUAGGUGAGCAAGCUGGAGAAAAGAAUGUUCCAUCUGGUUUAGUUAGAAGACAUUUCAAAAUUGUUGAUCAGCCUGGACUAUUUGAUCCAGUUUAAAUAUAUUUCUGCUAUUUCCUAUUUUUAGUAAUGAGGAAGAAUUUCUUUUAAUGGCUGCCUUCUAAAUUUUGGUUAGCCUAUUUUGCACUGUUUUAUUUCUCCAAAAUAAACUACUGAUACAUAAUUGUACAUUUUAUAUUUAUUUACAAAUGAUAUAUUUCGUAAAUUCUCCAAAGUCUUAAUACAAAGUAUAUCUGAUAAAAGUGCAGUUCAUAUCUUGACUUUAACUAGAAUCUAAUUUAAUUCUGUAGCCAAAUAGGUUGUCAGCUUCGUUCACCCCUUGAUGUAACAGCUGCUUAUUUAAACAAAGACAAAGUUGUUCACAUCUUGCAUUUAGUUUAAUAAGAUAGCAUUGCAAGUGGGCUGGCCAGCCGACAGUUUGUAAUCCUUUCUGUGGUUUUGUUUUCUAUCAGACUAUUUUGGGUGGAAUAAAAUAUGAAUAAUAUUGUCAGGUUCCAGAGAGAGCACAGUGUGCUAUUGCAUUGCAGAGCGCUGAGCAUAUGGUACUAAAAACUGAGUGCAAAAUCAAUUAUUUCAUCUCUGUUUUGUUGCAGCAAAUUUCUUGAACUCUUUUUCAAUCUAGAUACACUGCCAUGUGUUCCUCCAAAAGGCAAUUUUAUGUGAGAACUGAAAUGCGCUGAACAGCCUCGCGUUUCUCAUAGAGAUUGAAGAGAAAUAUGUCUGUCCUUUUUCUUCUGGAAAGCCCUGGGAGAGGAGGGUUGUAGUUUGGUUGUAUGAUUCCAAUUUUUGUUUCAACUCAAAAGACCAACCUCUACUUUUGAGGGUCUGUUGAGUAAUAGCAAAAAUGUUGCCAAUGCAUGUAGGCCAAUGCAUGUUGUUGAAGGAUAAUUAAAGUAGACAGACUUAAAUGUACACAAAUAGCAUCCAUGUUUAGUUUGUUUAAGGAAGCAUAACUAUCCAUAACUGCAUCUCCACUCGUGGCAGGAAAAUAAGAAGCAACUUUUAAAGCAUUUUUUCCACUUUCCAGUAUAUACAUUACAAAUAAUCUUUUGUGACUCUCAUUAGAAUGUUUCUUUGUGUAAAGUAUAUUUUCAGUAAUAUACUUUAAACUUCUACCAGAAACCAGUCCAUCUUCCUUAUUAUAGAAAUAAGUGUUUGGAUGUAAAAAUCUUAAUGUGAUUAAAAAGAGCUAAAAUGUAAAACCUCAGUAGAUCUGAGUUAAUCACAUUCUAUUCAAAAUCUGAGGAAGAUUAUAUGUUAGAGGUAUGUGAGUGAAUAAUAUCUGCUCCAUUGCUAGAUUAUCCAAGCUAUAAAAUGAGAAAUAGUUGGUACUGAAAAUGGUUAAACUUACAAAUUUUUAUUCUGCAACAAUUAUACUUUUUAUAUUAAAAAUCUAAAGAUCAUAUUAAAAAAGAGUCUAAACCUCUUUUCAGGUUAAUUUCAAAAUAUGGUAAUUGACAUUUUAUAUAUGCUGUUGUUCCUUUGCUUUAUAUAAUCAGUUAUAAAUCAUAAUUCAUUUAAUAAAUACUGGAAAUCUACUUUUUUAAUGAACUUAAGCUAAGAAAUGAUUAACUAGAAUUAUUAAUUACAUGAACAAAACAUGUGCUUUGUCUGAGUAACAUAAUUAUUUUUUAGACAUGUAGUAUAAAAUUCUCCACUCUUAGAUAACUCUAUCUUGGGCUUUUUCUUUCAUUUGCACCUGGAUAAGCAGUUCAAGAUUUUUCUAAAUCAGCCAGCCUCUUAUCAUCAGCAAGGGAUCUACUAGUUGGCAGCUUCCCUUCCAUGCCUGAUAACUCAAAAGUGCAGAUUACUGUAGGUUGUUCUGAGCAUUUUAUAAGAUCUUUUCGCAUAAUGUUUUAUACCAUGCUCAGUUCUACUGCUAGCCUGUUCUCCUUUUACACCAUUGUGUGAGCUGGCAAGAGCAGACAGGUACGUGAUGUGUCAGACACCUGUGGAUUGAGUUUGGUCUCCCAAACAUAUUAAAGAAUAAAAAUAAUGCUGUUUUCAGAAGCGCCAGGUUAGUGUUUUGACAUCAAUUAAAUCCCUUUUUUUUUCUAGAAAAGUGUCUUGAGCCAUUACACUGGG